AUGCAAGUCCAAAGUUUGAUCUCGAUCCAGCUCUUGUCUAGCUCACACUCUGGAAUUAAGGUUCUUGGGCAGCGGCUAGCUAGGAUUCCUGUUGGAGGGCAGUUAGGGCUUCUAGCGCUAGCAGUGGCAGGAGGCAGGGUAGCACACUCUGACUAUGAGUUGGAGGAUGUUCACACCUCGCAUGGAUCUACGAGUUGGAGUUGCAUUGCGAUCGGGCAUCGUUUUGGCACUGGAUGCAUGUUGAUGGUGGAGUGUUCUGUAGCAGUCUCGAGUGUCGUGGAGUGUAGCAGGUGGCUUCAAGUUUUGCGGUGGAGUCACCUGGAAGGCAGGCAUCCCACAAGCAGCACCGGGCAUCCGAGACCUUUGAGGGCGGAUUGCCAGGGCGAUCUCAAGGCAAUGAGCAGCCCCAAGUUCCCGGUGAUCACCAAGCUGCUGGUGGCCAAUGGCAGCACAAACUCCCAUGCCAUGUCUCUCACCUUCAACCAAGAGGGUCUCACCAAGUUCAAGCUGCCGGUUGUCCUCCAGGAAUUCUUCAACCAUGGUGGCGUCAUCUUCAAGAUGUACGUGGUGGGCAACUACGUCAAGUGUGUCAAGCGGAGGUCCCUCCCGGAUGUGCCUGAGGACGAGCUCAACCGGUUGGAGGCACUGUGCUUCUUGCAGAUCUGUGGGGCAUCGGACUGCCUCCCACCGACCAAGUUUGUGGCGGAGCUGGCCAAGGGAUUGAGGGCUCCAGAUCUUCAACUUCAAUCUUAUCUGGGACUCAUCUGUGGUAGCCAGGAACCACUACCACGUCAACUAUUUCACCAGAUGCCUGCAUACGAGACGGUGUUGACGGACUUCUUCCUUAGCCUGCCCAAGCUCAAGGCCAGCUGAGUGAUGCUGCCAUGCAUGAUUUGCGGUGCCCUCACUUUGCACAACUCAAAUUUGAGAGAUAAGUAUAACGGGGCUCGAUUAGAAGGCUGAUAGAAUUUUUUGGAAUGUUUGCAGGGUCAUACAAUGCAUCCACUGUUGUGGAGAACAUUGACUUUUAGGGAACUUCAAAAUGGAAGGUGCUUCGUUCUGGCUCGUCA